CAGGUAGGCGGUGUUCAGCACAAGGAGGGGCGUGUCUUGACUCAAACAGAAGUUGCGAAUCCAUCGAGAUAAUGACAUGGUUACAAGUCGUUCAAUCCGGAUAAUCAGACACAAUUACUUUUCAAAAACAAAAACAGCGCAAAAGCAAGCCAGUCCAGCUGUGUUUAUUGUUACAAAAUGUGCUGCGGAACGAAGACGUGAGUGUGCGCGCUGGAGACGCAGACGUUGGACUGUCAAUGCCCGGAUUCUCUAUUGAUCAUGCUAAUGUAUGGAGAUAUAACUUCUUAAAAUAAGCAGAAAUGUGGUCGGCUCGUUUUCCUAUCUUCUUCUGUCUCGUUUUCUUAACUGUGGUGGUUCAGAGGAGCAGCGGGCAGUCAGUGUGUCCUGGCACUGAUAACAAGCUCAGCACGCUGUCGGAUUUGGACCAGCAGUACAAAACUCUUCGCAAGUUCUACGAGAACUGUGAGGUGGUCAUGGGUAAUCUGGAGAUCACCAGUAUUGAAAGAAACCGCAAUCUGUCUUUCCUCAAGUCCAUCCGUGAGGUGACGGGUUACGUGUUGGUGGCUCUGAAUCAGUUCGACUAUCUUCCUCUGGAGAACCUGCGGAUCAUCCGAGGAACUAAACUGUAUGAAGGACGAUACGCCCUGUCCAUCUUUCUCAACUACAGACGAGAUGGCUCCUUCGGCCUCAGACAACUCGGCCUCAAGAACCUGACAGAAAUCUUGAAUGGAGGUGUGUAUGUGGAUCAGAAUAGGUUCCUGUGUCACGCUGACACUGUGCACUGGCAAGACAUCAUCAAGAACCCACGUUCUGAACUUCUGGUCGUGCCCUCAAACAACAGUGGCAACACAUGCAGAAGGUGUCAUCGCUCAUGUAACGGCCGCUGUUGGGGACCACAGGAGGAUCAGUGCCAAAGCUUGACAAAGACGGUGUGUGCAGAGCAGUGUGAUGGACGCUGUUUUGGUCCGUACGUCAGUAACUGCUGUCACCGUGAAUGUGCAGGGGGAUGUUUCGGACCCAAAGACACAGACUGCUUUGCUUGUACCAACUUUAAUGACAGCGGGGCCUGUGUGACACAAUGUCCUCAGCCAUUCGUCUACAAUCCAACAACCUUCCAGCUCGAGCACAAUCCCAACGCCAAAUACACCUAUGGAGCUUUCUGUGUCAAGAAAUGCCCACAUAACUUUGUGGUGGACCACAGUUCUUGUGUCAAAGCCUGUCCGAGCAACAAGAUGGAGGUGGAGGAAAAUCACAUCAAGAUGUGCAUCCCAUGCACUGACAUCUGUCCAAAGAUGUGUGAUGGUAUAGGUACCGGCCAGCUUCAGAUGGCUCAAACUGUAGAUUCCAGCAACAUUGAGAUGUUUGUCAACUGCACCAAGAUCAAUGGGAACCUCAUCUUCCUCAUCACAGGCAUUAAAGGAGACAUGUAUCAUGGUAUCGGGGCUUUGGAUCCUGAGCGACUGAAUGUGUUCUGGACCGUCAGAGAGAUUACAGGUUACUUGAACAUCCAGUCUUGGCCAGAGAACAUGACUGAUCUUGGUGUCUUUUCCAACCUUGUCACCAUAGGAGGUAGAACACUUUAUAGUGGUAUUUCUCUUCUGAUCCUGAAGCAGCGCUGGAUCUCUUCGCUCAAGUUCCAGUCUCUGAAAGAGAUCAGCGCUGGUAACGUCUACAUGACCAACAACAGCCAGCUCUGCUUCUACAACACGGUGAACUGGACCAGUCUGUUCCGCACCAGCACCCAGAGAGCUCUGAUCAAGAACAACAGGGACCCCAGAGAGUGUACUCAGCAAAGGAUGGUGUGUGAUCCGCUGUGUUCAGUGGCAGGAUGCUGGGGUCCCGGUCCAGAUCAGUGUCUCUCUUGUAAAUACUUCAGCCGGGGAAAGACAUGUGUGAAAGCCUGUCAUCUCUAUGAUGGAGAUGUUCGCGAGUUUGCCAAUGGAUCAGUGUGUGUGGAGUGUGACAGCCAGUGUGAAAAGGCCGAAGAUAAAACUUUUACCUGUCAUGGCCCUGGUCCAGAUCACUGUGUGAAGUGCUUGCAUCUCAAAGAUGGACCCAACUGUGUGGAGAAAUGCCCUGAUGGUCUGCAGGGAGCAAACAGCUUCAUCUUCAAAUAUGCUGAGACCAACAACGAGUGCCAUCCCUGCCACCCCAACUGCACCCAGGGGUGUACUGGACCCCAGAUCCAAGAUUGUAUUGGGAUGCUGGACAGGACUCCUCUGAUUGCAGCUGGGGUGAUUGGGGGGAUGUUUGUGGUCGUAAUUGUGGCCCUCGGGUUUGCUAUCUUUUUCCGACGGAAGAGCAUCAAGAAGAAAAGAGCUUUACGCCGCUUCUUGGAAACAGAGCUGGUGGAGCCUUUAACGCCAAGCGGCACAGCGCCCAACCAGGCACAGUUGCGUAUACUUAAAGAGACAGAGCUUAAGAGGGUCAAGAUCUUGGGAAUUGGAGCCUUUGGCACUGUUUACAAGGGAAUCUGGGUGCCAGAAGGAGAAACUGUGAAGAUUCCAGUGGCCAUAAAAAUACUCAAUGAAAGCACAGGACCAAAAGCCAAUGUGGAGUUUAUGGAUGAGGCGCUAAUCAUGGCCAGCAUGGAGCAUCCUCAUCUAGUGCGUCUUUUGGGAGUCUGCUUUAGUCCCACUAUUCAGCUGGUAACUCAGCUGAUGCCCCACGGCUGCCUGCUGGACUACGUACAUGAACACCAGGAGAACAUCGGCUCGCAGCUGCUGCUCAACUGGUGUGUGCAGAUCGCAAAGGGUAUGAUGUAUCUGGAGGAGAGGCGUCUGGUGCACAGGGACCUCGCGGCUCGUAAUGUCCUGGUGAAAUCUCCAAACCACAUCAAGAUCACUGAUUUUGGACUUGCUCGACUCCUGGAAACCGAUAAAAAAGAGUACAGUGCAGAUGGAGGCAAGAUGCCCAUUAAGUGGAUGGCCCUUGAGUGCAUUCACUACAGGAAGUUCACACAUCAGAGUGAUGUAUGGAGCUAUGGAGUGACUAUCUGGGAGCUGAUGACGUUUGGAGGAAAGCCCUACGAUGGGAUUCCUACACGUGAUAUUCCAGACAUCUUGGAGAAGGGCGAGCGUUUGCCCCAGCCGCCCAUCUGCACCAUAGACGUCUACAUGGUGAUGGUCAAAUGCUGGAUGAUUGAUGCUGAUAGUCGGCCUCGGUUUAAAGAACUCGCUGCAGAGUUCAGCCGCAUGGCACGAGACCCUCAAAGAUACCUCGUCAUACAGGGGGACGAUCGCAUGAAGCUGCCCAGCCCCAACCACAGUAAGUUCUUCCAGAGUCUUCUAGAUGAGGAGGAGCUGGAUGACCUGAUGGAUGCUGAGGAGUACUUGGUUCCUCAUUCCUUAAAUGCUCCUCCCACUUCCCAUAUGUCACACCCACAUGUAGAUGCAAAUCAAAACCAGUUUGUUUAUCAUGAUGGAAGUGUGUGCCCUGAAGAGGUGAUAGGAUCCCGACCUCAUGAGGCAGUUGCUACAGGAAGUGGCCCCUCUGUCUCGGCAGGUAUACAAAGAUCAGGUCUGGACCCAGCAGAUGAGCAACACUGCAAUGGAAGCCUAAAGAAACAGCCCACAGCUCACUCAGUAGACAGCAGUGGACAGCGUUACAGUGCAGACCCAACUGUCCUACUGGGAGAGAAAGGACAGAGAGAAGAUACAGAUGAAGAUGGUUAUAUGUCCCCUAUGAAGGACAAGAUCUCCACAAAUCAUCUGAACCCUGUUGAGGAGAAUCCUUUUGUAACAAGGCGUAAAAAUAAAGACAUCCAUGCGCUAGACAACCUUGGUUACCACAGCACCCCUGAUGGGAAGCCCAAUUGUGAAGACGAGUAUAUCAACGAGCCCCUUUACCUCAACACAUUCAGCAACACCUGCGGCGUGAACCAGGAGAUGUUAAGGAAAAAUGGAGUCUCCAUCCCAUUGCAGGUGACCACAGCAGCCCAGACUCAAGGCACUCAUAUUCCCCAUAUCACACAAUUGGGAAAACCCCAUCAUAGCCACGGACCGCACGUUCAUUUCGCCAUACCACCAGUUCAGCCCGUACACCCUGGACUGAUGAGCCAAAAUGAUCAACAUACCCAUUCAGUUGAGUUGGUUCAUGAUCAUGGCAGCAAAUCUGUCCCGCCUGCACCAGCAGGCCAGAUCAGUCUAGUGAGCCAUCAAGUCCAACCAGGGCACCCAAACAAAUCUAAUCGUUCACCCCAACAGUUUCACUUGGCAAAGUCUGGUAAAGGUGGCACAGUGGGCCUUCCAGGUCAUCCGGUGCAACUGGGCACCCAGAUUGGGACCGCAUUAGUGGACAAGAUGUACAAGACUAGCUUUGACAAUCCUGAAUAUUGGCAGCAAAGCCUUCCGCCCAAGGCUACCCCUCAAAACACCCAAGACUCUUCAGUGAUCUGCAAUAACAAAUUCCUUUACAAGCAGAAUGGUCACAUUAAGCCUGCCGUGGCUGAAAACCCUGAAUAUCUGUCUGGUAUGAAGCCAGGAACAGUUCUGCCUCCUCCUCCAUACCGGCAGAGGAACACUGUGGUCUAACCUCCAGGUCUCCGUCCUCUGUAGAGCCUGGUUCUUCUACCAGCACCUUAAAUGUCUUUCUUUAACCCUCUGGUGGUCAAAAAUGGGACGAGAAACAAUGUAAACCACUGAACUGACAUUAUCACAGAAAAUGUGGCAUAAAAACCAUUGGGGAAAAGUCAGUGCAACCCAUCCAUCCACAAAGACCUCACCAGUUGUCCAGGAACUUUUUUUCCCCCUCCUCUACAGGUAUUUUAAAGUCUCUCACAUGGGAUGGCGCAUAAUCUGAUGCACUAACAUCAUUAAUUUAGUAAAAUUAGAUAUUAAGUACACUCCAAAUUCCAAAGUUUUGCAGCAAUGCUAUUGAACUUAGGUGUCCAGUGUUGCUCCUUGGGGGCGAAUAUCUUGCAAAGUUGAGCUCCAGCUAGCUCCAACACACUUGCCUGGAAGUUUCCAUUGAGUCAGAAGACCUUGAUUACUUUGGUGCAGGUGUGUUUAAUUAGGGUUGGAACUAAAAUCCUGUAGAACAAUGGCCCUCCAGGAAUUCUGGACACCCCGACUAAAGAAGAACCAUUCUGGGUUCCCCAGAGAACCUUUCAGUGAACAGUUCUUAAAAAGAUUUUUUUUUUUUUUUUUUUUCUUAGUGAAAAUACAUUUUCCACUGUAUAGAACAUUUAGUGCAAUGGAAAGAUUCACUGAAUGUUACAGGUUCUUACUGGAACCAAAGAGAACCAAUAAAGGAUUUUUUUAAUUAUUAUUAUUGUUUAUAAUUAAGAGUGUACAGCAGGUGGCUUCAGCUGGGUGGUUCCAUUUGAGUUUGAAACAGAACAUGGAUGUUUCAAAAAAAAAAUAUAUAUAUAUAUAUAUAUAUAUAAAAUGAAUGGACAGAAACUAGGCAUGGAUAUGCACUUGAAUUUUAUAUUUCUGUUACUGGAACACUUCCACUUUUUCAGCACAUCCUUCAUACCGCUAAAACUGCUGCCCUACUGGGACAACUACUGUUAGACCUGAGAGGAUUGUGAAAUUAUGGACAGUUGAAUUCCUCAGUACAAUGAGUUGAAUAGGAGGCUGAUAAAAGCACUGGGAGGCAUUUGUUCAUAUUGGGAAUACAAUACAAUAAUCGUCAAAGGGGUUAUUACCAUUUGAUGAGCGGUGAACUCAAAUGUUGAGAGAUAUGAAGAAUUAAUUAUCAGGAAGAAUGGCACUGAAUGGUUUACAGGGUGUUUACAUUAAUUUACUUUAUCGGUACCUGAACUGAGUAAGCACUGACAAAGGGUUUCUGGAAACUUUAAUUCCCCUUUGUCAGAAUUUAAAACUGUUACUUUUCAGUUCUUAGUUAAAAGACUUAACCAGAGUUAGUCAAUAUGUUAUCAAAAGGAAGUUGGUCAACAUUAAAUCAACCCUUUUUACUUUCUUAAUGUUCCUGGUAUUCCACUUUUUUAACAUCCAUGUUUUAUAAUUGUUCAUCAUAAUGUGUAACUCGUUCUGCUGAAAGGGCUUUCCUUUGUGGCUGACUUCAAAAUUAUUUAACCAGUAGACAACUAGCUACUGCAUUGUUGAAGCUACUGUUGCAGACAUUACAGCCUUUCUAAAUUAUAUUCAUUGUUAAUAGUUAAUGGAAUAAUUUAAAGUUAGCUAAUAGUAAUGUAAUAACAUUACGGCAAUAAAAGCAAAUAAUGAUCGAUUUGAACAAGUACGUAUUUCCCUACUGAACUUGACCUUCAGACUCCAUGUCCCUGUCAAAAAACCUUGUCAGAAGUAGGUUUAAGUGGAAUUUUAUACGUUUGCGGAUUCUCAUUCAGGGCAUGUUAUGCCAAUAUUCACAAUCUAAAAUCAAUAAAAUAAAUUCUGACUAUUCUGUUUAACACAGUUAAAUGUAAAUUGGGUUUUGAAAGCAGUUUUAUGUUGGUUUUCAAUCAUGAAUAUUCUGUGUUUGUAGAUUAUAUUUUGCCUCGGUAUUCGUUUUUGCGUCUAGACUGCGUUCUGAUUCCAACUGAAGUUAGCAAAUCAAAUAAAUGUGUUUAGUUUUAAUCUUCUUGUUAACAUAAUCACUAGUAAUUUUGAGUGCAUUUCAGUGUCAGUACUGAGCCUUUGUCAGAUCUAUAAUUGGAAAACGGAAUGUGGGCACAACAUUUAUUUUGUUAUCAUUACUAUUUAUUCACAGUGGCUGCUAUGCAUUUUUAAUUGGGGCAUUUCAUUGUAUUUCAUACAUUUUCUAGUUAAAACAGCAGGUUUACUUGAAUUAAGGAGGUUGGAUAUGUGAUGCUGUGUUAAGUAUCACAAUUUCACAUGACUGAGCUGUAUUUUGAAAAAUUACAAACAGAAAAAGACUUUCAUGUGCCAAUCUUCAGCGCUAACAUAAUUCAGAAAACAGACGUUAGUCUGUAUUACUGUCAGUGGUGUAAAAUCAUUUUUGUAGUUGUCUGUCUGUUGUCACAUCUCAUAGCAAGUGUAGCACACAUACAAUAAGUGUUGCCCUGUAGUUCCCAAACUACUGUCACUUGUAGUUUCAUGUUUCUGUGUAGCUUUUACUGAUGUAUUUACUAGUUUGUAGGUCAAAAUAAUCCCAUUUUGGUGACGUUUUGUCCAAUUUGUGGCAUAUAAACACAAAGACAUAACUCUUACAAUUAAUUAAAUAAGAGACAAUUCAAUUGUCUUAAACUGCCAAAUAUCACAAAGCCUAAUGUUGAGGCAUCAUUAUGAAACUUUGAUUUACAAAUGUCAUUUUUGGGAAGAAUUAAAGGUGCUGUAGGGAACUUUUGUAAAAAAAAUAUUUUUUACAUAUUUAUUAAACCUGUCAUUAUGUCCUGACAGUAGAAUAUGAGACAGAUAAUCUGUGAAAAAAAUCAAGCUCCUCUGGCUCCUCCCAGUGUCCUAUUGCCAUUUGCAGAAAGCAAUGCGCUCCCGGUAAAAAACAACCAAUCAGAGCUGCGGUCCGUAACUUUGUUUGUGUUCAAAAUGUAGAAAAAUGAACAUAAUAAGCGAGUACACCAUGAAUCCAUUUUCCAAACCGUGUUUUUAGCUUGUCCUGAAUCACUAGGGUGCACCUAUAAUAAGUGUUUAUAUUCGGACUAUUUUAGAUUGCUUCUAAAAUAGUAACCCAGUAACCCAGUACCUUUGUGAUUCUUCAUAGACAUAAACAGAGAGAAGUAGCUCCGGCUACAAUGUUCUUCCGCAAGACGCAAGCAGUUCUGUUUAUUAACCGCUAGAGCGUCAAAAGUUCCCUACUGCAGCUUUAAGUUGUUUUAGUAUAGAUUAUUGGCCAGUGUGAUCUCAGUGUUAGAUGAAGGUAUUUGUACAUGUGUGCAUGUGUACAUAUUUGUACAUUUAGAAUCAAGUUAUGAGCAUUAAAAGUGUACACCCUUUUACAUGUCUAACUUUAAAAAAAAAAAUCCCACAAAAUCUGUUAUUGUAUAAAUUUUUCAAUUCCCUAUAAAUGUAUAUGUACACUGCCAUUUAAAAAAUUGGGGUCUUUUUGUGCUUUAUGCUCACCAAGGCUGCAUUUAUUUGAUAAAAGCAAUACAGUAAAAAUAUUUUUAAAUAAUUAUAAUUAUAAUUAUAAUAAAUAUGGUAAAAUAAUAUUUGAAUAAAACAAACGAUAAAACUGUUUUCUAUUUAAAUAUAUUUUAAAAUGUAAUUUAUUCUUGUGAUGGCAAAGCUGAAUUUUUAGCAUCGUUACUCCAGACUUAAGUGUCACAUGAUCCUAUGAAAUUAUUUUGGUAUGAUGAUUUGGUGCCCAAGAAACAUUUGUUCUUAUAAAUGUUGAAAACAGUUGUGUUGCUUAAUACUUUUGAGGAAACCAUGAUAGAUGGAUUUUUUUAAUGGAUAUUAAAUACUUAACAUUUAUUUGAAACAAUAAAGAAAGAAAGAAAGAAAGAAAGAAAGAAAGAAAGAAAGAAAGAUGCCCCCAACAUUUUGAAUGGAAGUGUAAAAGUGUUUGCUGUUUGUAUUUUCUCAGUACAUUGAUAAGUCAACCACACUUUGUGUGGUUAUGAGAUCAUGUUAAACUGGCUGAAAUUCUUUAAAUGAACCAUAUUUAAAAUUAUUUAAUCAUAUUUCAUCAUUUUACUUGAAUCAUUAACAUGACAUGUAAACUGAUGCAUGUGGAACCACUGCAGGGAAGCAUCUUUUUACACAAAUUUAGCAUUUUUUAUGGACUGCCGAGAAUAAGAUACACACAAUUUACAGUAACUCACUAUCUACCAAGCUGUAUAUGUACAUAUAUGACACACCAUGUAGUGCAGAGUACGAAAUUUUGUACACACUUACAAACAUACAGCAUUUUGUGUGCAGUAAAAUCCACUGUAUUUCUGAGCCAUGAAAGUACAGGCAUUUGGAGUGACUGCUCUGUAACAAGUGUGUUUCUCUGAAGAAAAGUGAAAAGUAUUUUUGUAGAGUGUUGAAAGAUUUAUGGGGAGUGUAAAUAUAUAGAGACUGUUGCAUCAAGACUUUUUCUUUGUCAUGAACCCUUCAGUUCUGUUGUGCCAUCUGUAGUAAUGGUCUGACAUUGUGUCAGUAACUUUGUAUUUGAUUUGAUCUCAAGUGAUGUUCUGUUUUCCUCGGGCCUGUUUCUUUGUGUGUCAUGCUUUGUUCUGUGGAUUUCUUCUCUUGCUGCUUUUACGGUUAACUGUGGCCCUUUCCUUCCCUCCAUAAGUGCCCAUUUUAUCUAUUUCUUUACCUUUGUUAAUUGUAAAUAUGACUGUUUAAGACAAAUAAUUAUCUACUCCUGUCAACAUAAUUUUAAAACAAAAUACUGAUCUAUCUAGAGUGAACUAUCUUUAUUUAUUAUAUAUUUGUUUUGUAUGUCUGCAUUUGGUUUGAUUGCUUUUUAUUAGAUACGAUCGUAUGUAUAUGGUGAGUUAUGAGAAAACUGCUCCACUCAAGCACUUGUGGUAUAAUUUGUUUAAAGGGGUCAUAAGAUGCUUUUUUAAAGAUCAUUAUUUUGUGUAUUUGGUGUAACAGAAUAUGUUGACGUACUGUAAUGUUCCAAAGACACAUUAUGUUUAAAAUUCUGUACAUUAUUGUAGGUUCUCUAUACCCCGUCUUUUUCAUACGUGUUGUUUUCUACAAAGUCCCUCCUUUCUGACAAGUGAGGUCUUCUCUGAUUGGCCAACUGACCCAGUGCAUUGUGAUUGGCCGAACACAGCAAGCACUCGUUGGAAAUAUAAUGCCCCUUUCCAUAAUUCUGAGCUUCAUCUUUCAAAAUAAAUGUAAAGACAGUUGAUAAUGUCCUUAGUUUUAUCAUCAGUUCAAUCCCGAAAGGGGAGAAGAGUCGCGUGACAGACACAGUGAUGAAGCGCCUACUGUAUGUGUUUGCAGUAAAAAGCCACGGUUAAGACAGCUGACUCCACUGUGAUGUGACUGUAUCUCUCUCUCUCCCUCUCUCCCUCUCUCCCUCUCUCUCUCUUUCUCUGCAUUUGAACAUUCAAUAGCAAGUACUUAAACUGAUAGCAAAACAUACUUACAGUAGCUGAUUCAGAAGUGCCAGAUUGUCGUAGCAAAGUCAGAAUAACCUCCUCUCCUAGGGUUAUGAAAUGGUUGUCCAUAAAAUGCAUUUCUGUUCUGUUGUAAGUAAUCUUAAAGAUUACUAAAUGCAUCUCCUUUCGGAAGGCCAAAUAAAGUGAUUUUGCUUUCGCCUAGAUACACACAGGAUCUCCCUGACAUGACUGCUUCAAAACUUACUGUGGUUACUGAAACCACACAUUCUUUCUUUGCGUGAACAUUUGUGCGGCAUUAAGUAAAUAUUUCCACAUAGUGCCGUAAACAUAUUGAGGAGUGUUAGAACGAGACGUUUUAGGGGGACGUGGCAGUCUUAACUUUAGUCUUUGCAACUUUAAAGAUCUUCUUCAUGCACCAAGAGCUUGUAACACUCCAAAGAGAAAGGAAAAAAAUUAAUCGCAUCAUAUGACCCCUUUAAAAUCACUGGGUGGCCAGUGAAUUAUUACUGAUGGUGGUGUGUGCGAACCUAACUAGAAAUAUGUAAAAUAAUUUACAGUAGCCUAAAAAAGUAUUCGAACACUUAAAGGGAUAGUUCAUAAUAUCAAAAAUAAAAAUUAUCAUAACUUACUCGCUCACAUGCUGUUCCAAACCCCCAAGACCUUCUUUCAACAACAUGAGGGUGAAUAAUUAAUGACAGACUUUCAUUUUUGGGUGAACUGUCUCUUUAAAUCACACUUAUUUUUGAUGCAUUUUAUAACAAAAUGUUAAACCAAGUGGCUUUUGCAAUCAUACUAAAAGUUUCUCAGAAUCAAAUUUAUCCAGCUGGGGAUUCAGCUUUUUUUUUUUUUUUUUUUUUAUGAAAUGUAUGAAGUCAGUUCCUGUCAGUGUCUAACUGGAAAGUGUCAAAAUGCAUUUUACUAUGCUGAGCAGUGUAUUGCUUCAUAAUUUAAAAUUGAACAGACUUAAUUUUGUGAAAUAUUUUCUUUGAAUGCUAUUUGGUUUGAUGUUUUGUUAACAGUGAUAUUCAGAUAUAAAUGUGGCCAAAUUAACUUUGGGCCACUGUGUUUUACAGCUUUGUCAGUUGAGUAGAUUGUUUUAUUUUAUUUUAUAUUAUAACAUAAAAACACCCAAGACAAAACUCAUUAUGGUCUGUGGUUCAAAUCAUUCCCCUUUCUGUUUCCAUUUUAAUUGGUAAUGAUCACCCUCCACCAAACUGAAUGCCAACUGAAGACAAAUACUUCAUAUUUGUUACAUGAUCCUGUUACAAAGUAUAUUUUCAAUUUAAUAUGAAUAAAGAUCAAAUGAAUUUGAAGAAGAAA